AUGUUUGGUAAUGUGCGAGGCGGAGGCUGGUUUCUCCAUCACAAAUAUGCCCAUCAGGCUGAGAGGAUCCAACAAUGGAUGCAGGCAAAGAUUGAUGGUGGCAUCGAUCAACCGAUAGUUGCCAUUGUCGAGAUUGGCGCAGGCUUCAAUACUCCCACUGUGACCCGCUUCCCCGUCGAAUCAUUUGCGCGGGAGCUUGGCGAUCGAGCAAGAUUCAUCCGAAUUAACCCAACCGAGCCGGAAGUACCAGAAGAUCUUACAGCUGUUUCACUGGAAGAAGGAUGGCAGGUACUGUUGGACGUUGCCAAGAGCAGCGGCGUUCAGAUCAAGGGAUCAAAGGAAGCAGACGAGCGUAAUAUCAAAAAUGAUUUGAAGCAUUCCAGUCUCCUUGUCCCCAAGGCAACAAGCUUGAGCUGUCGGCGAUAUUUUGGCCACUUCGACUGGAGACGCUUUCUUGAUCAGCUCCGAAGGGAUUAG